AUGGCGGGCACAGCAUGGUAUUCCCUGGGCGUGGCGUUCUUCGCCGCUAUCGGCACAUUUCUAUACGGGUUCGACAGCGGGAUCGCAACCAGCACCAUCGCUCACCAGAGCUGGAUCAACUACAUGAAGGAGCCUUCGAAGGGAUUGACUGGCGCAGUCGUUUCCGUCUACAUUGCUGGCGAGGCUUGCGGGGCAUUGACCCAGACAUUGGUCGCUGACAAACUCGGCCGCCUGCGCUUCAUGCAGGUGCUGUGUGUUAUUGUCACGGCAGGCACUGUCAUUCAGACCGCUUCUCAGAACAUCGGCAUGUUUCUUGCUGGUCGCGCGCUUGCUGGCUAUGCUGUUGGUGGCAUGGUCUCAACUGUUCCCGUCUACCUCAGCGAGAUUUCUGCCCCUCACAACCGUGGCCUCAUAGGAGGUGUUUCGGGCUGUGGCAUCUCCUUGGGCACCAUGGUUUCGAAUUGGGUUGGCGCCGCCUGUUCGUAUGCGCCUUAUGGUCCCACUCAAUGGCGGCUGCCUCUCGGUGUCCAAAUACCUUGGGGUAUCAUGCUGUUCAUUGGCCUUCUCACCUUCAUGCCGCACUCUCCUCGUGAGUUGGUCCGCAAUGGCAAGAUUGACGAGGCACGUCGCCAGUUUAUGCGGAUCCGCCGGGAUCUCAACCCUUCCCAGCUAAACGAGGAGUUCACCCUCAUGCGUCGGCAAAUCGAAUUUGAAAUGCAGCGAGAGAUCAAAUCACUGAAAGAGGUGUUCCAGCUGUUCAGACACCGUGUUCUAGUGUCGAUUGGUGUCCAAACUAUGACCAGUCUCACAGGCGUCAAUGUCAUUCAGUACUACCAAACCAUCCUUUUCAAAUCCUUGGGGAUCAAUAGCCACAUGAUCCUCAUUCUCGCCUCGGUCUACGGCACCAUUGCUUUUCUCUCCAACGCCCUCACCACCAGAUUUCUCACUGACCAGUGGGGUCGUCGAAAGAUGAUCCUCGCUGGUCUCAUGGGCAUUAUUGUCAUUGAGAUCUAUGCUGCCGUCAUGCAGCGCGAAUUCCAGAACAGCAACAACCAAGUCGGCAAGGGCUUCGCCGUCCUGGGAAUUUAUCUCUUCGUAACCACAUAUUACGGCAUGCUCAACAGCACAACCUGGCUUUAUGGCGCCGAAGUCCUGCCCAUCGCCCUGCGGUCCAAAGUCAUGGGUCUUGCUUCGGCGUCGCAUUUCAUCGUCAACGUCGCACUCACCGAAGCCGGCCCCAGCGCUUUCGCCAACAUCCACGAGAACUAUUACUAUGUCUUCGUCGCAUGUUCUGCCUUCUUCCUGGUCAUUGCCUACUUCUACUUCCCGGAGACGAAACAACGGUCACUGGAAGAGAUCGCCGCCGACUUCGGCGACAAGAUCGUCCUGAUCGACGAGAUCGAUCUGGCCGUCGAGGAGAUCAGGAUGGAAGAAAAGGUCGGGGACAUGCAGGUCGAGAUUGCCCCUCCGGCCCCUGGCAUUGCGCAGUCCAAAGUCUGA